AUGAAAAGAAAGCCUCUCAAGGGAUUCACCACGCCGCUCGGCUCCGGCGCAGGCGUAGCAAAGGAAAAUCGACCCCCGAAAGUCACUGACUCGGCCAGUCGGCUCGCCAAACCGUUCCGUGUUCCGUUUGUUCAAGGAAACAGAACGCGUACAGAUGCGUACGCAGCACUUGACAGAAAGGCCCGUCUGGGGAAGAAAAUUUACGUCGAUGGGGACGAGAAUGUAGAGGGCGGGUUUUCAGCCGGCGCAGACGCGGAUUUUGGCAUCGAUGGCGAAGGCCAACUCGUAAGACAAAAACGAAGGGGUGCGCUUUUGCCCCGGGCAAAGUUACAGGGAGACAACAUGCACCGCAGUGAAGACAGUCUCCGGAAACUGUUCAGCGUGCCGUUUGCGCAAGAUAACGCCAUGAAGGAGCAGUUCAACCCGCAGUUUGUUCCACCGCCACUAGGAACCAGACGGAAGGUGGUUCUACCGCCCCGGCCGCUCCACGACCCUACGUCCGAGUUCGCCAUUGUGUUGUAUGAUCCUACCGUAGAUGUUAUUCCGUCUAUAGAAGAACCUGUAGACGAGCUGAAAGAAACCAAGGAACAAAGAAGCUCCUCGCCUCUGGAAGGCGACGACGAGCCGGCGCACAAAAAGGCCAAGCACAAGCAUCACAAGUCGUUGGCCGAGAUCUUGGGCAUCUGCAAGGACAAGGAUGCGUCCGCCAAGUACCCCAAUGUGCCAGUGGUGAUCGAUCCCAAACUAGCCAAGGUCUUGCGCCCGCAUCAGGUUGCAGGUGUCAAGUUCUUGUACAGAUGUACUGCUGGCCUCGAGGAUCCUCGUGCCAAAGGCUGCAUCAUGGCCGACGAGAUGGGGCUCGGAAAGACUCUUCAGUGCAUAGCCUUGAUGUGGACGCUCCUACGGCAAUCUCCGCGGGGAAAGAAGACCAUCGAGAAGUGUAUCAUUGUGUGUCCGUCCUCGUUAGUGCGCAACUGGGCCAACGAAAUCAUCAAGUGGUUGGGCGAGGGCGUUCUCACGCCGUUGGCGGCCGACGGGAAAUCGACGAAAGCUGCAGACUUGGGCCAGGCGCUCCAGCAGUGGUCGGUGGCCACGGGCCGCAACAUUGUUCGCCCGGUGUUGAUUGUGUCGUACGAGACUUUGCGUAGAAAUGUCGACAAAUUGGCGGGAACAGAGGUUGGUCUUCUCUUGGCAGAUGAAGGCCAUAGACUCAAAAACGGAGACUCGUUGACGUUCACCGCCUUGAAUGCGUUGCGCUGCGAGCGGCGUGUCAUUCUCAGUGGUACGCCCAUCCAAAACGACCUCUCGGAGUACUUUUCUCUUCUUAACUUCGCCAAUCCGGGAUACCUCGGCACGAGAAACGAGUUUAGAAAGAACUACGAGAACGUGAUUCUCAAGGGCAGAGACGCGCUCGCGACCGACAAGGAAAUCGAGCGUGGUGACGCCAAGUUGGCGGAGAUGUCUGGCCUUGUGUCUAAGUUCAUCAUCAGACGUACAAACGACAUUUUGUCGAAGUAUCUCCCGGUCAAAUACGAGUAUGUGGUCUACGUUGGACUCACAGACUUCCAAAGAAGCAUCUACGAGCAUUUCAUCACGUCAGAGGCAAGCAAGUCCGUUGUGAAGUCGCAACCCUUGAAAGCAAUUGAUACCCUCAAAAAGCUCUGUACACAUCCCGACUUGCUCAAGAUCGAGAAAGAGAUUCCGGGCGCCGGCCCUCUCAUCCCAGACAACUACGAAAGUCUGUGGGGUGGCCGAGGACGGGAGAUCCAGACGUGGUUUGGGUCUAAGUUCGCCAUUCUAGAGAGGUUCCUCCACAAGAUACGGAACGAAACGGACGACAAGAUCGUGGUCAUCUCAAACUACACCAAAACGCUCGACUUGAUCGAGCAAAUGUGUUUCAACGAGCGGUUUGGAUCCAUAAGACUCGAUGGUACAAUGAACAUCAACAAGCGCCAGAAGUUUGUGGACAGGUUCAAUGACCCCAACGGGCGCGAGUUCAUCUUUCUCCUUUCCUCCAAAGCUGGCGGAUGUGGUAUCAAUCUCAUUGGCGCCAACCGGUUGGUGUUGAUGGAUCCCGACUGGAAUCCCGCCGCCGACCAGCAGGCGCUCGCCCGAGUGUGGAGAGACGGCCAGAAGAAGGACUGCUUCAUCUACAGAUUCAUGUGCACCGGCACGAUCGAGGAGAAGAUCUUCCAGCGGCAGUCGAUGAAGAUGUCGCUUUCGUCGUGUGUGGUCGAUGAGAAGGAGAACGUGGAGCGGAUCUUCAGCGGCGACAUGCUCAAGCUUCUCUUCCAGUAUCGCCGAGACACCGAGUGCGACACGCACGACACCUACAACUGCAAGCGGUGUGUUCCUGGCCAGGGCCAGGUGAAGAAGGCUCCAGCCAUGUUGUAUGGAGACGCUACUACAUGGAACCACUUGAACCACGAUGCGCUCAAGGAUAAUGAGGAUAUGUUGUUGAGAAACGAGACCGAGCAUCAAGACGUUUCGUUUGCGUUCCAGUACAUUUCCCAUUAA